GGCGAAAGGGAGGAAGACGCAGCCAUGAGCUUCCAAGACAUCGAGCGGGGCUCGACCGUCGCCGUCGCCGCCGCCACGGGAGGGCCCAAGUCCGGCGUCUCCGCCGGGAUCUUCCAGCUCAACACCGCCGUCGCCGGGUUCCGCCGCCUCGUCGACGCCGUCGGCACCGUCAAGGACACCCCUGACCACCGUCGAGCCUUGCAAAAUGCGAGGAAGCGAAUCGGGGAGCUUGCGAAGGAGACGUCGGAGAAGCUAAAAGCCUUAAGUGAUGCUAAUCGCGGUGGAGACUUGAGCAAGAAGAAGGAGGAAUCGAAGCUGGCGAAGGACUUGCAGGCAGUGCUGCAGGAAUUCCAGAAGAUUCAGAAGCUCGCGGCAGAGCAGGAGGCGGCUUAUGCCCCCAAUCCUUCUUCAUCUUCUUCAUCCGCCACGCACGAAAGAUCGGUUGCAGAAGAGCGCCAACAAGAAGAGCAAGAUGAAGACGACCGCACGCAUCCGUGGGGGCAGAAAAGGCAAGAAGUGCUUACUUUGGACAAUGAGAUAGCUUCCAAUGAUGUCGUGAUAGAGGAAAGAGAUCAGGGAAUAAGAGAAAUAAACUACGACGUCGAACAAGUGAACGAGAUCUACAAGGAUCUCGCCAUACUACUACUUGACCAGCAAGCUACAAUCGACAGCAUAGAUAAGCAUGUCGAGGCAGCAUAUGUUUCAAACGCCUCAGCUAAAACUCAAGUCCGCACAGCUUCCGAAAGUAGCAAGUCUAGAUGGUGUUUCUGGGCGUUGAUAAUCUUUGUGAUGGUGUUGGUCAUCCUACUCCUUGUCCUCAUCGUCCUCUGAUUCUGAUUUCAUGUAGGCUUGGUUUCUCUACUACUUUUGAGAGCUCAUUCUUUGUACCUUAUGCUGGAUUUUGUUUGUAUAGUUUGAUGUUUUUUCUCUGAUAUCAUAGCAUUUCCGGCUAUUGAACGCGCUUUCAUAGUUAUGCAUGGUGAUUAUUAUGUAGAAA